CCGUUUGAUCUAUUCCUCCGGUAUAUCCCCCGGAACCUCGUUGACCAGUGGGCCCAGUGGACAAACGAGGCGCCGUUGUCUAAGCAGGGCCCCCGGACGAGACAGUCCCGAACGAAUAACUGGCGGGAGACUUCUGCUGAAGAGAUAUACCUCGUUAUAGGAAUUUUGAUUUAUAUGGGAAUCCAUAAUGAAUCUCAACUAUCAAGAUACUGGUCAACUUAACAGCGUAAAGAGGAUCCAAUCCAUCCAUUUACCCGGUUCAUAUCACGGAACCGCUUCCAACUAUUGCUCCAACGGCUCCGGAUUUUUGAUGCCUCAAAGUUCCAGCCGGGCCAGCCGACGGCUCCGUCUAGCCGUCGGGCCCGGGCCUAGCCCCGGGAGGAUCCGAUGCCGGAUAUCUAUCGGAAGGUGAACCAGUGGUCGGUUCAUAUUCAAGAAACCGGGGAUUCCUUCUAUAUACCUGGCUCUGAACUUGCUGUUGAUGAGGCUAUGGUCCGGUUUACGGGCUGGUCUCUUGAGACAACAACUAUACCGACCAAGCCAACCCCAACCGGCUUCAAGAUUUGGAUUCUCGCCCAAUCGGGCUAUUGUCUCCGGUGGCUAUGGCAUGCUCACGGGAAGGGUCCGUAUGGGCUAGCCCCACAGGUCCGGCCGCUGCCAGGCUCGGAGGCUGGGCUGGGUCUAACGCCGACUCAACGGGUUGUAACAAGGCUAGUUGCCCUACUUCCGGCCGCAAUAUAUCAUAUAUUCCUCGAUAAUCUCUUUGCCUCUGUACGGCUUUUCCGGGCCCUUCGGAAGCAACAGAUCGGGGCUUCGGGCACAUGCCGGAAGGAUAGCGGGAUAAGUGAAAUUCUAGUCGCUGAAAAAGAGGUUGAAGGCCGGGAUAUCCCUUUAGGGUGCUGCCAUAUUAAUCAGUUUGUUUAGGUGACCAGUUCACCUGGAAAGAUAAUGUCCUUGUCCUCUUCCUGACAACCGUCUUCCGAGACGGCCAGGAAGUCAUACGAAGUCGGCGCCGGCCAACUGGGGAUUCCGCUGCAAAGCGGGCUGCCCGGCAGGUCUUUAGGCCUGAAGUCCGCAAGGACCUCCCAGUGCCUGAGGCAAUUAACGCCUAUAAUCAUAACAUGAACGGCGUUGAUACAGGCGAUCAAAUGAGGUCUUAUUACCAAUGGGGUCGCCCUAUUUGUCGAGGGGGCUGGCAGUUAAUUGCUUGGAACUUCCUGCUUGAAAUAGUGCUUGUGAAUAGUUUCCUUUUACAGCUCUGGGGUAAAGCCAGCUGGCGAACAGUUAAGAGCCAGUAUUAAUGGCGUCAGUUGAUUGCAGCCCAGCUAAUUCAACAGUUUAGGCCAUUAGCAGAAGCUCGUCAGCGAUCACGCCCCGGGCGGCCUACAGAUAAGAGGAAUACCUCGAUUCCGUGGCAAACCCAUAGAAAGGGAUCGAGGGGGGCUAAUUCACCCUGUUCAUACUGUGGUAGUAUAAAGGCAUUACAGCCAUUGCGGGAGAUAUCGGGGAAUAGCCUCAUACGACCACAACGACGAAAGAGAACUCGAAAAGGCUGCUUAGAUUGUGAUGUAGCGUUAUGUAUUGAUAGAGAUUGCUGGUACCUCUGGCAU